CUCGUCAACUCAUUCUCCCCCUGAUCACCGGCCACGGCCACGGCCACCGCCCCGCCAUGGCUCCAAGUCCAAGGCCUCCUCCCUUCUACCUCCUCGCCGUCGUAUUCUUCCUCAUCCCCCUCCAGCCACCGCCCACUGCGGACGCGGCGACCACCGUCGCCUUCUCCUUCCCGUCCUUCUCCCUCCGAAACCUCACCCUCCUCGGCGGGGCCUCGCUCCGCUCCGCCUCCGUGUCCCUCCCGCCGCCCUCCUCCCACGCACUCUUCCCGCUCCCUAUCCCGUUCCCUCCCAACGCCUCCUUCUCCACCUCCUUCCUCUUCGCCUCCCCGGCCUCCGCGCGCCCCGCCUCCCGCCUCUCCUUCGUGCUCCUCCCCGACCCGGUCGUCGCCGCUGAGGGUAGAGGCGGGAACAGGUCUCUCCCGCUCGAGGUGGCGUUCGACGCGUCGAAGAAUCGUGUGUACACGUCCUCCGCUGGCGAGCGCAUCGGCGGGAACUCCACCGGGGCGGUGGACCUGCGGAAUGGCAACGAGGUCGGUUCGUGGGUCGUCUACGACGCGCUCCGGGCUCGCCUCGAGGUGUUCCUCAGCCACGCGAGUCUGCGGCCGCCGACGCCCUCGCUGGUGGUAGCCAACGCCACGGCCCUUGCGGCCCGCUUCGCGGAGUUCAUGUUCGUCGGCUUCGAGGUCUCGUACUCGUCCGACAACGGGAGCACCGAUGGCGGCUUCGUCAUCCACAGCUGGACCUUCCAGACGAACGGGCUGCGGGCCGUCGACCUCGCGUCCAGGCCCUCGCACAGCGUGUCCGACAGCGUCCGCAGCGCGCCCGCGUCUGGGGGUGUCGCCAGCCGUAAGGAUGGGCACCGCAGAAGGCUUGCAAUGGGGCUCAGCAUUUCUUUGCCCAUCGUGUUUCUCGGUGCAGUCAUGGUGUUUGUGAUAUUGUCUAUGAAGAAGUGGAGGUCUCGUCCUGCAGGGUUUAACGACGGCGUCAGAGCAAAAGCAGCGGGUCAUCCAAUGCAAUUCAUGUACCAAGAUCUCUUCUCGGCGACCAAGGGAUUUGAUCCUUCUCUAGUGGUUGGCAGUGGUGGUUUCGGUACUGUAUACAAGGCGGUGUGCCCGCGCUCUGGGGUCACAUAUGCGGUCAAGCGCUCCAAGCAAUCCACGGAGAGCCACAACGAGUUCACCGCCGAGCUUACCAUAAUCGCUGACCUGAAGCACCCUAAUCUGGUUCAGCUGCGAGGCUGGUGCGCAGAGAAGGACGAGCUGCUGCUUGUCUACGAGUUCAUGUCGAAUGGCAGCCUGGACAUGGCUCUCCACUCUUGCUCAGGUGUCCACCGUUAUCCCACUCUCAACUGGGCUCGGCGGUACAAUGUGGCAGUCGGCAUUGCCUCUGCGGUUGCAUACCUACAUGAAGAACAUGACAAGCAGGUGAUCCACAGAGAUAUCAAGUGCAGUAACAUACUUCUGGAUUCGCAUUUCAAUCCCAAGCUUGGGGAUUUUGGGCUUGCAAGGUUGAAGGAUCCUAAUACUAGCCCUCGGUCAACCUUAGCAGCAGGGACUGUUGGUUACCUUGCCCCCGAGUACCUCCAGAUGGGAAGAGCCACAGAGAAGAGCGAUGUCUACAGCUAUGGGGUUGUACUGCUGGAGAUCUGCACACGGAGGCGGCCAAUAGACCGAGAAGCUCCUGGAAGCAUGAACAUGCUGAAUGUUGUUGAUUGGGUUUGGAAUUUGCACUCUAAGGGCAGACUUUUGGAUGCUGUUGAUACGAGCCUGAAUGGGGAGUAUGACACAGAGCAAAUGACGAGGCUGCUUCUUCUAGGUUUGAGCUGCGUGAAUCCGUUUUCAGAAGAGAGACCUGUCAUGAGGAAUGUUGUAGGCAUACUGGAGGGCAAGAGCGAGCCACUGCCUGUUCCGAAAAAGAAACCGCUGCUUGUUUUCGUUUCAAAUGCACCUAUGGAUCUUGAGGGGAUAGUUUCUGAGUGCAACCAGAGUACAGUUUCAAGUGAUCUCUUUGAGCUGAAAAUCGAUAUAAACUAGGUGAAAGUUUUUUUGCAGGUAAGCUGCCGAGAAGACUAAUCAAGUUGGCGAACUCUGAAGUUUUGGUGAUAGUUUGUGAAGUUUGUAGAUGUUGACACUAUCCCACUGCAGAAGGAAACAUGUUUAUCACUCGGUGAGUUCAUGUCGAGUUCGAUCAGGGAGAACUCAUGAAUUCCAUAGGCCGUGUUGAACUCGGUGGAAAAUACACUGAUUGCUUGGCAUGUUGGUAGCACCAUCCAGGAAAUUUCCCUCUACAUGUUUGUAAGACAGGCCGUCGAACAUGUGUUUCUCCCUCGUCUCUUGACAACGUUGUAAAUUUGCAGCUCUGUACAAAGGGGGCAAGUACUACAGAUUUCCUCCCAAACUUGCUACGUCUUAUAUGGGUUAAAAAGAUCCCACGUACUUGCUGGCUUGCUGUGAA